CCUGGCUCUACUGCAGGCGCUGGGGGUUGGGGUGGGGGAGAGGCCCGGGGCACAUGAUGCCGCCCCCAGCCCGCCCAGCACAUGACCCAGGCAGGCCGGCGGGGUCCUGGCACACCCGAGCCGCGUCCGUGAACACAGCCCAUGGCCUCCCCGCGCCUAGGGACCUUCUGCUGCCCCACGCGGGACGCGGCCACGCAGCUCGUGCUGAGCUUCCAGCCGCGGGCCUUCCACGCGCUCUGCCUGGGCAGCGGCGCGCUCCGCUUGGCGCUGGGCCUUCUGCAGCUGCUGCCCGGCCGCCGGCCCGCGGGCCCCGGGUCCCCCGCGACGUCCCCGCCGGCCUCGGUCCGCAUCCUGCGCGCUGCCGCUGCCUGCGACCUUCUCGGCUGCCUGGGUAUCGUGAUCCGGUCCACCGUGUGGUUAGGAUUCCCAAAUUUUGUUGACAGCGUCUCGGAUAUGAACCACACGGAAAUUUGGCCUGCUGCGUUCUGCGUGGGGAGUGCGAUGUGGAUCCAGCUGUUGUACAGUGCCUGCUUCUGGUGGCUGUUUUGCUAUGCAGUGGACGCUUAUCUGGUGAUCCGGAGAUCGGCAGGACUGAGCACCAUCCUGCUGUAUCACAUCAUGGCGUGGGGCCUGGCCACCCUGCUCUGUGUGGAGGGAGCCGCCAUGCUCUACUACCCUUCCGUGUCCAGGUGUGAGCGGGGCCUGGACCACGCCAUCCCCCACUAUGUCACCAUGUACCUGCCCCUGCUGCUGGUUCUUGUGGCGAACCCCAUCCUGUUCCAAAAGACAGUGACUGCAGUGGCCUCUUUACUUAAAGGAAGACAAGGCAUUUACACGGAGAACGAGAGAAGGAUGGGAGCCGUGAUCAAGAUCCGAUUUUUCAAAAUCAUGCUGGUUUUAAUUAUUUGUUGGUUGUCGAAUAUCAUCAAUGAAAGCCUUUUAUUCUAUCUUGAGAUGCAAACAGAUAUCAAUGGAGGUUCUUUGAAACCUGUCAGAACUGCAGCCAAGACCACAUGGUUUAUUAUGGGAAUCCUGAAUCCAGCCCAGGGAUUUCUCUUGUCUUUGGCCUUCUACGGCUGGACAGGAUGCAGCCUGGGUUUUCAGUCUCCCAGGAAGGAGAUCCAGUGGGAAUCACUGACCGCCUCGGCUGCUGAGGGGGCUCACCCAUCCCCAGUGGACUCCCGGGUGCCCCAUGAAAACCCUGCUUCCAGGAAGGUGGCUCAAGUGGGUGGGCAGACUUCUGACGAAGCCCUGAGCAUGCUAUCUGAAGGUUCUGAUGCCAGCACAAUUGAAAUUCACACUGCAAGUGAAUCCUGCAACAAAAAUGAGGGUGACCCUGCUCUCCCAACCCAUGGAGACCUAUGAAGGGGAUGUGCUGGGGGUCCAGACCCCAUAUUCCUCAGACUCUACAAUUCUUGUUCUUUAGAACUGUGUUCUCACCUUCCGAUCACUGUGCUGCCAAAGAGUAGCAGCCCCCAAACCUUGCUCUUAUCACCAGUUAGAGCUUCUUCCCGAAGAGCCUUUAGGAUAGGAGAAAUGAUUCAUGCACAUGCGUGUGGGAAUGGAAGAGCCCCCUCCAGACCACUCUACAGCUUCUCUAGCCUUAGUUGCCACUAGGAAGUUUUCUGAGGCUGGCUGUAAAGUAAGUGUAAGGUCCACGUCCUUGGAAAAGUAGUUAAAUAAAAUAGUUAUGACUGAA